AGCGAGUUUCAGCCGGCUGCCCUUUGACUGCAGUCUGGACUAAGUUCACCUGCUUUUUUUUUUUUUUUUUUUUUUCCCCUUCUCCUUUUCGGAGGAGACGUGCAGGGAGAAAUGGCCUCCCAGGACACUUUUAACGACUUGGGGUGCAGCAGUUCGUCCGAGGAGGACAGUAGCCGUGCGGACUUGCCGGAGGAGAAGAGUCCGUCUCCCGCGGCGCGUCGGCAUCACCCGUUCAGCGUGGAGGCGCUCAUGUCCGGGAGGAAGACGGACAGCCGCGGCGCAGAGUCCGCCUGCUGCGAACCGAAACGAAGUCCGGUGGCGGCGUCCCCCACCGGUUUAAACUCUCUGUAUCUCUGUCGGGGGACGUGCAGUCCCCCCGGGGGAAGCCGGAACAGCCUGACGGCUGCGCCCUCGUCGCCGGUAAAGUCGGAGGCGUCAGAGUCAGAGGAUUGCGCACACUGGGUCACCAGCAGCGCGUUUUCCACACAACCACGUCAUGUCAGUCCUGCCUGUCAGCUGAGGAAACACAAGACCAACCGGAAGCCGCGCACUCCCUUCACCACAUCUCAGCUGCUGGCAUUGGAGAGGAAGUUCAGGCAGAAGCAGUACCUGUCCAUCGCAGAGCGGGCCGAGUUCUCCUCCUCCCUGACCCUGACGGAGACCCAGGUGAAGAUCUGGUUCCAGAACCGCCGGGCAAAAGCCAAGAGGCUCCAGGAGGCCGAGUUGGAGAAACUCAAGAUGGCUGCUGAUGCCAAGACAGCAGCGGUGGCAGCCGCCGCCGCAGGAGCUUUACACCCCGGCUUUACGUUACCGCUUUCUCUGGGUGCCAUGUCACUGUACGGACAGUCGUACUCGGCCUACCAUCACCACCACAGACCCAUACUGCCCAUCUCACCAUUGGGACUGUACGCCGCUCCUCUGGGCUACAGCAUGUACCACUUAUCAUAAAAAAAGAAAAGAAAAAAGCGGAAAUAUCACACAGACUUUGGUGAAAUGUGUUUCCAUGGAUUCCCAAAAAUGGACACAGAGGACGUGUGGUCCUUAACAAUCUAUGUUUAUAAUAUAUCUACUGCACAAGAGGUGUUUGAAUCAGCUUUACGAGCACUUCAAGUCAAAUUUAAUAUCUAUUUUUUUUCCCACAUUGAGGACAAAAAAAAAUCCAAACCCUCCUCCAUUGCCCCUUCGGACUGCCUGUUUACAUGACUUGUCUAUAAGAGGAGGGGUGUUACUGUCCAGCUGUUUAUACUCUUCACUUGUUUACUUCUGCAAUAAUUGAGCUGGGCGAGGACUUGCACUGGGCACCAAAACAGACUACAACUGUUCUAUUAAGCCUUGCUCCUCAUCAGAUACAGCGCCUCGUGCUGGAAAAAAAUAAAUAAAAAAAAGGGCCUUAAAAUCAAGACACUUGUGUGGAUGAAUGGGUGUUUCAGCAACUCAGGCCAGAUUAAAACAUAUCACUGAAGCAUUUUCAAAAAAGAAAAGAAAAGAAAAUCCAUUCUUGCAAAAAAGUGUCUGCCUUGAAAUACUGUCAGGUUUGUGGUGUCUUCAGGUUUAACCCUCUAAUUGUUCGUCGCAAUGAAAACUUUACGCCAUUGUAAUUAAAACUUUGUUAAUGUUUUAUCUCGUAGCAAUAAAAGCAUUUUCAUCACUCCCUCAUUUUCUUUGCAACACAUUUAUAGAGCGGAGACAUAUUUAUUCUCUUUUUGAAAUACGAUGCUGGAAAUGUAUGAAUGCCUCACGUUGUGUAUUUAUGAGAAUAUGGUACAAAUCUUCUGACCAAAAGUGUAUUUAUAUUUCUUCCUUGAGCGUCCCUUUGAAAGGGCCUACAUUGUGCUAUGCAGUUUAUAUAUAUAUGUGUGUAUAGAUAUAUUGUUUUCCACCCCUAUGUUUUAUCAUUGAACAAACUAAUUAAAGCCUUUCAGACUGUUUCCUUCAAA